UCACUGAGCAAUACUCACUGUAGUUACUAUAUUUUCAUCUAAAUCUACCGUGACGCGCGGUGAAACGACACGAUCUUUCAGCCAUGGACGGCGAAGAAGUAAGAAAUGGCAGCCACGACGAGAACCUUGAACAUUUUGAUCUCAAUCUGGCUUAUCGUUUCCUCGAUUCACUCCCCAACGAUGUUCACAUCUUAAACAAUUUGCCAGAUCCGUUGAAAAUCACAAGGAUCAACCUUGCCGGAAACAACGUUUCAGUUCUUCCCGAUUCAAUAGCAAACUUUCUGAACCUUAGAGAUUUGGAUAUCUCCGAAAAUGGCCUGGUUUACAUAACUCCACGAAUUGGCGAACUUCGGAACCUCAAAAGGUUGAUGGCAAAGAACAACAACAUGGUCGAUUUACCGAAAGAGUUCGCUUUUCUUUUGGCUUUAGAACAUCUCAAUUUAAGCGGUAAUCGAUUUGAAUCGUUUAUGCCGGAAAUGUUUGAACUUCUAGCUCUCAAAGCAUUGUAUUUAGGAGGAAACAGAAUCGAUGUUAUUCCACCAGAUAUCCAUCGUCUUCAAAGGUUGGAAAUUCUCUAUCUUGGUGGCAAUCAGUUGUCAUCUGUACCAGCUGAACUGGGUAUCCUGCGCAAGUUAAAGGCCCUCAAUCUGUGUGACAACAAGAUUGAAUCCCUUCCCUCAACAUUUGCAAAACUGACGCAUUUACAGUCUUUGCAUCUUCACAACAAUAGACUGACGUUGCUGCCUGUUGAACUUGUAAAACUGCGAAACUUGGAAGAGUUAAGUCUGCGAGAAAAUCCUCUUGUUGUGCGAUUUGUUAGAGACAUGGCAUUUAACCCUCCUUCGUUGUUAGAACUAAGUGGCCGCUGUAUCAAAAAUACUGGAGUCAAAUAUGGUCCACAAGACCUCCCUGUACAUUUACUUCAGUAUCUGAACAGUGCUCGCCGUUGUGUGAAUCCAUGCUGGAAGGGAGUGUAUUUUGAUGCAAGAGUACGACAUAUAAAGUUUGUGGACUUCUGUGGGAAAUAUCGUCUACCUCUUGAACAGUUUCUGUGCUCACCACAUGCUGAUGAAAGAUGGGAAGAUUGUUCCUCAAGCAGUAGUGAAGAUGAAGCCGUUGGUAUACCUCGUGAAAGAAUGAGGAAAGUUCUCUUAGGAUAAGAGUAAGUUCUAGCACAUUGCAAAAUAUACAGCCCCUAUUUGGGACUUUUAAUUCAGGGUUUGCUUUGAUUCAAGAGACACAAGCCUUGGUUAUGACUGAAAGAAAUACUCCUACAGCAUAACUUUGCAUCUGUUGUCUUCAUGGACACAACAGACUCUUUAGGAGACACUUUUUUCGAAGAUGCCCCUGAAUAAAAGUCCACUGUCAGUCUGAAACCCUUUCACUCCCAUGGUAUUUACCGGUAUAUCAGCUCUCCUAACUGUAAAAGGCAAUAAUUUUCUUUCUUUUUUUUUUUAACUUUAAGUAUUUAUAAUGUUAAUUUUGCCUAGUGGAGUGCAGCUUGGUCUGAAGUUCUACGCAUGAUUUGAAAAAUCCAACUUGCGCUGCACCCUUGUUUCAUUUGAAUUUACAAGUACAAUUUCAGACCAAAAUUGCACAACUUGAAAUUCAUUUAUCAUUUUAUUACAUCCAUUUUGAAUUUGAAAACUUUAUGAGCCUAAAUACAGGAUUUUAGUCGUUACUAAUAUUUUAUUGAUCCAAUAUUGAAGUAUUGUGGACAAAAGUUGCAAAAUUUGCAACACAGUGGUUUCUUUGUCUUUCAGUUUCCUGCAAUGCAGUAGGUUUCUUCACAAGAGCCUCAAAAUCUGUUAGAUUAUUUCAUUUUAGUGUUGCUUUCUCAUUGACCAGAAAGAUGCAAUUUAGAAGCAAAAAUAUUUGUUCCUGAUUUGUUCUGCUGAGAGCCAAUUAGAUUGUACAGAUCACCAGUGAUUUCAAAAUGGAUGUAAUAGAGUAAAAACUCACAUAAUAUCUGCUUUUCUUCUUUCCUCUCUUUACCCGCCUCCUUGAAAAUGUAUCAGUAUUAUUAGA